AUGAAUUUUAUAAUUCAGAGGGCUGAAAGCCUUUUCCGAGCACUUUUUGAGAUUGUUUUGAACUGUGGUUGGGCUCAAUUGACUGAGAAAGCUUUGAACUUGUGUAAGGCAGUGACCAAGAGGGUAUGGAAUGUCCAAACUCCUCUUCGACCUCUUCGUCAGUUUGAAGAACUUCCAGAUUAUGUAUUUACCUAUCAGGAAAAGAAAGAUUUGGCUUGGGAAAGUUACUAUAAACUUUCAAUUUCCAAAGCUGAGGCUUGCUGCACAAGUGCAUCCCAUCACUCACUCAAAUUUGGGGGUUAA